GGCAUGUCCAAAACUAGGUCAAACAUAAAUAUUGAAGGGCCCUACUAAUGUAUGAGUGAAAUCAACGCUGUGUAUACGAAUUCGGUGCCAGGCGGAGCACAAUUCGUCGUUAAAAGUUCAAUUGCAAUACUCCGCGUAACCCACUCGAUCGUCAGUUGUAGUUCUUGACAAGGGCGUACAUACCAACACACAACAGUGUACAGGCACAAAACCGUAUAAAUCCUCAGCGAGUAUAUCCAAAGACCAUCCAUCUUAAACGUUUCAUCUUCAUAAUAAUAUAUGCGUGAUAUGUCUAGUGACAACACAAUGCCUGAUAAUGAGUGUCAUCGUUGUUCUGCUGGAAAAAAGGAACCUGUAACACGCACGUGUGAUGAACAGAAAGAAGUUCUAUCGUCGGUUGUUGAUGAUUAUUAUCCUUGGGGAAAACCUGGUCAUGGUGCUCCCAACGACGAUGGUCUUCGAAAAAGGAAAAUAUUUGCAGACCCUCCAUCUCCUCCUUGGAAGGAAAUUAGUAAUGAAGUGACAAAAAUGGGAAGGCCCGGUGGCGGUGCGCCUCAAAAGACGUCAUCCGGAAAAAUCAAAAACUUCCGUAUCGAAGACCCACAACUUAGAUUUCAAUUUCACGCUCCUGAUAGAAAUAUGGUGGACAAUGAUCUUCGAUAUAGAAUGCCAUUGAAAGAUCAGAGAGCAUAUAAGUUAGAAUUAGAUGAAAUGGUCAGGGAAAAACAAGAAAUAGUCGAAGAAAACCGCAGAAAAGAAAUGAUCCUGGAUCAAAAACUGAAUUCGAUCGCAGAUCCCUGGGGUACACCAUGCCCAGGGGGUGUUAUUUGGAGAGAUCCAAAAAGUAUUGGAAAAAACUUCUUUCGAUCGUUGGGAUAUGUGGAUGGAAAGAUAUUAAAAUUGGGAUCACAUCCAAACGACAAUAAAGAAAGCACUGAAGAUAUUGAAGCAGUUACGGGUGGUGUAGAGUUAGCUCCGUUACUUGCGUCAAAAAGAAGACAAGACAGUAAAUGGCCUUUGCACACAAGUGAUAUAACGAAAAUAUAUGAUCCUAAAUCAAAUUUCUUGAUCGAUGAAAAAGAAUAUCAUAAGUUUCUUGAAAGACAAAUAAGUGGACGUGAAAGACGCAAACAGCACGAGCACCAAGAAGAUAUACAAGAAGGACAAAAGCACCAUGAAAAUUGGAAUGAGUUUUGGGGUAGACCAGGUGGUGGAGCACCAAAAGGAACAACGAGACAAAAAGAAAAUCUAGAGUAUAUGCUCUAUCAACUUCCUAUAAUUAAUAGGUUAAAAGAAAAAGAAGAGAGAAAAAAUUGCAGCGAUUGCAAAAAAUCACCUGAAAAAUAAAUCAACUUUUUACAGUUUAUCUCGUUUAUUAUAAUAUUCAGUUGUAGUCGACCACAAUGGGAAUAGCGGUACUUUUAACAUUUAUGUAACGACUAAUGAGUAAACGUAUGUGUUAAUUUAGUUCGUAGGAUAAUGUUCAGAAAUUCGAUUUUCAUUAUUUAUAAAAUUUAAUCUUUAUUGCACAUGGCCCGAUUUCAAAUUUUGUUCGACUUAAUAAAAUUAUUUACAAUUAUGAUUAUUACAAUUUUACGUUUAUAACAAAAUAAUAUACCUAUUAGUUCUGCAAUUCUACUUUUCUACAUUCUUAUUUUUUUCCUAUUUUCUAUUUAUAGAUCUAUAUUUUACAUUUAAUAAUAUUUAAAACGUAUUAUUACUUACCGCAAUAGCUCUUGGAUUUGAAAUUAAACACGAAUAAUUUUGAAUUAUGAUUUUAAUCUUAAUUUAAGUAACCCAAAAAGACUUUAUAAGUACAAGCAAGAUAGACAAUUUAACGAAUAACUUAAAUUUCAAAAAACAUUAAAUAUAGGUACAUGUGUUUGAAAUAUCUUUGACCAGCUUUUCCCUAGUCUUUUUUUUUUUAAAUAAAAUUUAAAUUUU